AUGGUCAAGUUUACUCUGAGAAAGAAGGCAAGAUAUGCAACCAGCCAAAGCAAUGAAUCACCUACUAGGGCAGGAUCUUCGAGCAUCCAGGAACCCAAUUUAGUCCAGGGUAAUGAUGCUGACCUAUAUUGCUACAUGGAUGAUGUAUCACCACCAAGGACAUCAAGAAUUCCAAAAAGCCAGAGUAGAUACCUGUCUGUGCUCCUGGACAUGGAGGCCCCAUCCGAUGUCAUGGCUUGUUUUCAACACAAACUCAGACAAUUCCAUCCAGUACAAAAAUGGAAUGGAAGAUUCUUUGAAGACUUCACUCUACAGCUGGUUGGUUUGGUGCUACACUUGGGUCAUGCUGGAGCACCAUGCCUGGCAGGAGAAGGUUCUUGGGAGGAUGCUGCCAGCCAUGUAGAUGAAGAGUGGGAGGACAUCAAGGAGAGUCAACAACUGGCACAUCUCAACCCACUGGAUGAUAGAAACUAUCUGACAGUUGUGGACACUGGCAGCAUGCACUUUUGCAAUGUGCAGUAUUGCAACUGCCCUGGGUCUGAGGAUUCACAUCUUCAGCUUACCAUGGCUGGCCUAUUCCCAGCUAUGACUAAGGCACCAAGGACAGCUUUCACUUUCCAGGUGCUGGAUGACUUCAUCAGGGACAAUGUUGAAUGUGGAACCUCUGCCAUGAACUAUUAUAACAAACUUCAGAGAGUCACCUCAAGCAUGUUUCCUCACCUAGUGCCAGGAAUUGCUCAGGGUGUUGAGAAUGUGGAGGCUCCUAAAGCUGUUGAAAUGGCAGGGAUUCCAUCAGCCCUGCCUGUCCCCAGCCAGGGAUCAAUGACCUUUGUGAUGGACAGCAACUUCAAGGCUGAGCAUAUGCUGCCCAAGGAUGCUGCCAAAGAGGUCUGGCUCAUGGAUGGAAAUGGCUUCAUGAAAUCCAACUGCAAUAACCACUGGGCUGUUAAUCAAGCAAAUGCACAAAGGAAUAAGUUGGAAUCACCUGGGAUUGGUGGAUGUGCCUGUGUGAGGCACAGCUGUUUUGUACCUCAUGCAAUGGUCAACUUUCAGAAGGGAGAGCAGCAGGUCAAUAUGGAUUAUGCUCUGGUCCAUGCUGUGCACCAUGGAUUGGACCCCCAGCAACUGGUCAUAACCUUUUAUGACAUCAAUUAUUACAGAUUCAGCCCAGCAUUGGACUAUGGCAUGUCCAUGGCCAUCAGACAGAGUGCUUCACCAGCAUCAGCAUUGAAACAGAAGUUCAAGGUUGCCAAGCAGUCAUUAGCAACAAUCCAAGAUAAAUUCAAUGAGUUGGAUAGCAAGGUACCAGAUGGCUUGCAUCAGUUAUGGGUGGAACAAGAACUUGUGGUGCAGUCAUGCCACUGGAAUACUCUGCAGGCCAUGGACAUAUAUGAAGUCCAGCUGGAGAAGGCACCCACCAUGAAAGCCAUUGAGAUUGACCUAAUCCAUAACAACCAUUCAUUCAGCAGCUCAUGUGGUUCAGCUACUUGGAUUGCACAGGCAUUAAAGGUUGAGCAGGCUCAAAUAAUUGAUGCACUAGUACAUGGAGCAGCCCAGUUCAUCAGAAAUGACUGGCAAGUUAACCCCAGGCAAAGGCCCAGAAGUAUGGCCCCAUUCAAUGGGGACAGUAAGGACAAAACUGAUGAUCUGUUCCUCCCUGAUUGUCCUGGUCACCAGGAGUAUUUCCAUGACAUUGGCCUCAGCAGUCUUGUGGAACAGGAAAUACAUCUGAGACAGGGCCAGGCAAAUGAUGCAUUGCAUGAAUUGCAUAUGGCCCUUGUGGACAAGGCUGUGAUAUUUCGUACAGAUGUCUGGAAAGGAGGGAACUACAAAAUGACAACCUGGGCAUGGGGGCAGAUAUCCAAUGCAGAGGCAAUGGUUCAGUGGCAUGCUGCCAUCUAUUGCCAGUGCCGAAAGCAACUCAUUGCACUGGGGGCUGGGGAGGACAUUCUUGGCAAAUACCAAGAAUUGAAUAGGGCAGACCUGACUGAUUGCUGGGAAGAAGAGCUAGAGUUACUCACACUGGAGACUGGGUGGACACAGAAAUUCUCCUUACACAAGGAGAAAUUCUGGAGUGGCCAGCAUAUGGAGGCAUUGGCAGUGGGCAAUACUGGCUUCACAUGUUAUAUGGCUAGGCAGUCCCAGAUGUAUCAGGAUUUAGCCAGAACACUAGGAUGUACUUCAAGAUAUGAAUUGGAAGAGUAA